GUUACAAUAAUUUAAUAAACGUGAAUAAAUUUGAAUUUAUCGUCUAAAUUUCAGAUUAAUAUGUUUGGUUAAAAAUAUUAAAUGGCGCUCACGGAAGAACAACGACGAAGGAUUGAAGAGAAGAGAGGUGAAGCCCUUGCUAAGCGAAAGAAUAAAAUACCACAGACAAGUUCUGGCGGAGUUAUUCAAGCAGGGGGAAGCGGAGCCGGGGUUUCUGGCGGAGGUAGUGGCAGGGGAGUUUUUGUUGGUGGCGGCGGAGUUAGUGGCAGUGGCGGUGGAGUUAGUGGCAGUGGCGGCGGAGGGCUGACGGAUGAACAAAAAAGAAUUGUUGAACAAAACAGACAAGCUGCUCUUCACAGGAAGAAUGCUGUUCAUCCCUCGUCUGCAACCACAGUUCCUAGUCUCACGGCUGAGUCCUUCUAUAACAAGUCUAAACCAUCUGUAAAAACAAUAGGGCCCAACAAUUUAGGAACCCCCUUCAAACCUCCCCGCCCUCAUCCUUCAACCACUCAGAGCAGUUUCAGCAAUAGCAAUCUUUUCAGCAAGAGUGAUACUAAUCCUUUUGGCAAAAGCAAUACUAAUCCAUACAGGAAGAGCGCUACUAAUCCAUUCAGCAAGGGCAAUACUAAUUCUGAUUCUCGGAGCAGCUUAAGCAGUUUAAUAAAUAAACAGAGCAGCCUGGUUCUAAACGGGUCUGCUGUAACAUCGGGAGCUAUCAAUUCAGGGCUGGCGGCCGUUAAACAUGGUGGGAAAUGCAUAAAGGCAAACUGUACACUAGUGGAGAGAAAUCGGUUUCAGGUUGUUACCACGUAUCAUGAGACCUUGAUUAAAGUAUUUAAAACAAUGAAGACUGGUGUAUACAAUGCGAAAACUAGGAUUUGGAGCUUUAGUCUGGAGGAACAUGAUAAACUUGUACGAGAAGCCGGGGUACUAAAGGGUGAGGUUGAAUUAAUCCCUCUUCCUCGCUGGAUUUUAGAUACUUUCAGGAAACCCCUGAGCUAUGAUGUUGAGAGCAUAGAUCUAAGCAAAAUAGAACCAAAGAUACUGGAGAGCUUAAUGCCAUUCCAACUUCAAGGAAUUCAGUUUGGUAUCAGUAGAGCGGGCAGAGUUCUCAUUGCUGAUGAUAUGGGUCUAGGGAAAACUAUUCAGGCUCUAGGUCUAGCAAGCUAUUAUAGGGAUGCCUGGCCCUUCCUUGUAGUAGCCCCCUCUUCUAUGCGAUAUGCAUGGGAGAGUGCAAUUUUAAGAUGGUUUCCCUCUCUUUCUGCAGAUGAUAUUUCCACAAUAACAACAGGAAAAGAUUAUAUUGGUUCUAGUUCCUGUAUAAUUAUCAGCUAUGAUCUACUGGGGAAGAAAGCCAAUGAACUAGCCAAAAAAAGUUUCAAUCUUGUGAUUAUGGACGAAAGUCAUUCAAUUAAAAAUGAUAAAUCAGCCAGAACAAAGGCAGCAGAACCGUUGAUGCGCGAAUGUCGCUACCUCAUUCUGCUAAGUGGAACUCCGGCAUUAAGUCGUCCUGUUGAACUGUACUCUCAGAUAUCAGCUCUCAACCCUAAACUCUUCAAACAUCAGAGGGACUUCGGAUUCAGAUACUGUGAUGGACAGCUGAAGAAACUUGGAUUACGAGAAGUUUAUGACUUCAGUGGAUCUUCAAACAUGACGGAACUCUCACUGCUUUUAUUGGAGAAAUGUAUGAUUCGAAGGCUGAAAUCUGAUGUACUCCAGCAGCUGCCAGCUAAGCAACGAUGUAUGGUUGUAUUGGAUCCAGGUAGUGUUGAUAGCUCCAGCAGUAUGAUGAGAGACAAGGAGAAUGCUGCGCGUAAAUCUGGUGUUCAUGGACUGGAAAAGCGUGGUCUUCUCUUAGAAUGGUACAGUGCCACAGCUCAGGCAAAGCUGAAGGCAGUUCAGGAGUAUGUAAAGGAUUUGCUGAAUUCAGACAAAAAAUUUCUAUUGUUCUGUCACCAUCAGGUGAUGAUGGUAGGAUUAGCAGAGGUUCUUAAUACAGCAGGAACAGGGUUCAUUCAAAUUGAUGGGUCAACUCCAAGCGAACUUAGAAGAACUUAUGUAGACAAGUUCCAGACCUCUCCCAGCUGCCAGGUGGCGCUGCUGAGCAUUACCGCGGCAAAUUCUGGUAUUACUCUUACCUCUGCGCACCUAGUCGUCUUUGCUGAGAUUUACUGGAACCCGGGAAUUCUUACACAGGCUGAAGAUAGGGCACAUCGGAUUGGGCAGACUGACAGUGUUUCAAUACAAUAUCUGGUGGCUAAAGGAACUGCAGAUGAUGAGUUGUGGCCAAUGAUCCAGAAGAAACUAGAUGUUCUAAACAAGGCUGGACUUACUAAGGACAAUUUCCAGGAUUCUGAGUCGACUGUUGUACUGAGUAAAGGCCAGAAGACUAUAGAAGAUUUUUUUGCAUUGAACGAGGAAUUUCCAAUUGCUGAGUUUGAUGAAUCUAUGAUUAACGAAACACCUCUGCCUGCUAUAGAGACUCUUAGAGAUCCUAAUGAUGGUACUACUGCUAAUAUUGUCCCUCAAUAUGUUUCUGAUGUUGCUACUGCUAAUAUUGAUCUUCCAGAUGCUCCUGAUGUUGCUACUGCUAAUAUUGAACUUGAUGAAGAUCUAUUUGAUGAUGAGUGGGAGGAAGAUCUUCAAGAAUUAGAGUCUCCCGCCAAAAAAACUAAAGUAUUCUAAUUCUGAAUUUUUGGGAAGAAAUAUCAAACUUAUGAAUCUCACUUUCCAUUUUUCCUUCCUUUUCCCAUCUGCUUUAAUCUUUUCCGUUUCCUAGAGUUUUAGAGAUUUUAUUUUUCAGUAUCUGUUUUUGUGAUACAUCUAGAACUGCCCAUGAUUGAUAUAGUUUAUAUAUAAUUUGAUAUAUAUGGCGGCCAAUUUUUUGGUGUGUUAUUGAAUAUUUGUGAUAAUUAAAUAAUUUAUCAUUUUAUAAAAUUUGGAAUUAUAUUGUGGGCUAGAAAUUGUAAGUGUGAUAAAUCCGACCCUUCUCUAACAUUUAACUGAUCUGAAUCUUGCCAAAGAGAAAUUAAAAAUGUAUGGUUCAUAUCUGUGAUUAAAAAAUCUAUUUUUCAGA